AUGCUGCCAGAAACACACAAAGAAAUUUCAACGCAGAGAAUCAUGGCGGCUGCCUUGGGAGGGGAAAUCAAACAGAUCUGGCUAAAACAGAUUCUCACAAAAGGAAAUUGCUUUUCCCCGGUCGGUGUUGAAGAAAAACCACUUGGACGAACUCGGAACUCCUACUCCAUACCGUCCUUGGAGUGUCGCUUCCCCAGGUCCUACCUGGGACAUUUGGAACGGGUGCCGGCACACAGCUGGGGGAUGAUGAUGGGUACCCAGGUCUUGGUGUACCUUGGUCUGUUUUUCGGACUGCUGGGACCAAUCCAUUAUUUUCUUUGGUCAGGAGUGCUCAUUUCGCCUUUGUAUCAGAAGCUUUUCGUCCCCUUUGAGUGGAACAAUGGCAAAGACAUCAAACACGCCGAUAUCAAGAGUAGAAUGAAAACAUAAACUAUAUUUUAGUCUCUUUCAUACGGAUAUAUAUUUUUUUCAGAUAGAAAUUAGCUCGAUUUCGGCACUUCUUAACAUUUUUAUCAAUUCUAUUAGCCAGAUAUGGUACCACUUAAACUAUAGAAUAUAGGUAGGCAGAAUGCUAACAUUAUAAAAUGUAUACAUAUUAAAAGGCUGUAAAUUAUUACACAAUGGUUUAUUAUUUCCAAACAAUUUAACAUCAA